AUGAACUCGCCUAAGACUCCGACGAUAUUUGCGAAUCCUUGCAUGACAGUCUUGAAGGAGCACUGGGAUCAUUCGCCUGCCGUGCUGAAGUACUGUGUGUCUCGCCAGUUCUGUGUAGACCGAAGGUUUGUAUGAAACACACUUCGGCAGCACAUUGUUGUCGAGACGACUGUGCAGAAAUCGAAUCUGCGCAUGAUUAGACGACUCUCGAAGGACAAAGGUUUCCCACUGCUGAGCAGAUCGGAGAGCAGUGCGCCAAAAAAGAUUGCCGAUAGUAGCGACCAGGCGAGUUCCAGGAACUGUCUUCGUCAUCUGAACUGCUUCCUGGAAUUCUCCUGUUCGCUUCUGAAGAGUGCUCUUUUGUCUCUGCCUGCUCGCAAUCUCAAUUUAAGCAAUGAAGGCUAGCCAACCUUCCAGUCGUAACCGCGGCCGCCGACGAGAAUGCUGGUGACCACUGAGGGGCGCGAUCCAGUCAACCGCCCUGACUGUACUCGGCCGUAUAUGUCGCCAACAUCAAGACUGGCUCGACGACAAUGACGCCACCAUCAUCAACCUGCUCACCGAGAAGAACCAUCAGCAAAAACCUACGUCAAUCGCCCCAACGACAACAGAGCGACCUUCUACCGAAGUUUUCACCUUGUGCAACAUCCGCUUCGGGAGGUGCAGGACGCCUGGACGGCUUGCAAGGGUGGGGAGGUCCAAGGGUACGCAGACCGCAACGAAUGGAAGAACUUCUUUUCCGCGAUCAAAGCUGUCUACGGUCCGCCGACGAAGGGCACCGCUCCUCUCCUCAGCGCCGACGGCAGCACUCUCCUGACUGAGAAGACGCAAAUCCUACAGCGAUGGGCCGAGCACUUCCGAGGCGUCCUCAACCGCCCUUCCGUCAUCUCCGACGCCGCCAUCGCCCGCUUGCCGCAAAUGGAGACCAACGUGGACCUCGACCUCCCACCCUCUCUCCACGAAACCAUCAGGGUCGUACAGUAG